AUGGAAGUUCAAUGGAAGUUUAUACUGCUGAUGAUUGUUGGUCAGGUGGUUUGUCAAACAUACAAUGAAUCGGACCCCGGCGACUCAAAGGUGCUCACGCGGAAGAAACGAUUUCUGCUCUUUACACCCGGAUCACAUAUUCUGCUCACUGCUGCAUUUGGCAAAAAUCUAAUGUUCCGAGGGCCGGCCGGUUACGUUUGCAUCGGUGAGCUCGAUAUGUACUAUCCUCUGCCGGACUACAAAUACCAUGCGAGUUCACUGAAGCUGGGAGGUGUGGCGACGUAUCCACCCGAGCCUAUGAAAAGCCCUCCACCAACACCACCACCACCGCCACCUCCACCGCCAAAGGAGGAACACCAUGACCACCACAACGGUGGCGAGCUGUCACCCGCCGAGGUCGAUCAGUACCUUAAGGAUCAUCCGGGAACGUGGGUUCCUCCGGGUUGGGGCAAGGAACGGGCUGACUGGAACCGGAACACACUACAAUAUAGCUCACCGCAAUGGGCUGCAGCUGAGCGUAUGGAUGAAAAUCAGUAUCAGAAUCCACCAUCAAGCAACCUGAAUCGAUAUUUGGGAGGAAUCGGUUACGGAGGCGGGAAUAACAUCAGCCCAUACCAAUAUUCCGGAUGGAAUCCCACAUCAUACGAUCGUUAUCGUAGAUCCGCGGCCCUUGAACAGAAGUUUGCUGAUGACGCUGAGGAGGAGCACGAGCGAGACAAGUGGCUUAGCGGUGAAGCCUUCAACAUAAGCCAGCACAGUGAUUGGGAGCACUUCCAUCACUACCGCGACCGGAGGGCCUUGUUCAACCAUCUGGAGGAAACCAUUGGAUCGGUAACUGGAUUCCACAUGAAGGAGUGCAUCCUUCGAAGCAUCUGUGAGGCAAAGAACAUGCUUCCUCCACCUGGACGGUCGAUGGCGAUGGAUAUUUUUAGAGUCCUUUUCAGCUUUCCCAUUAAUGAAGCGCUCAACGAUGACUACAGUAAUGCUAUGCGCCAAGAACCCAUGGAUUGCCGUGCACAGUACAGCGAUGGGUGUCCUAUGAGUCUUCUGGAUUUGGUGUUAUUUGGAAAAUUUGAGCCCUAG